UUGGGAUUGGGAUUCUGAGAUUGAGAGAGAGAGAGAUUCAGGGUUUUGUGAACUCUCCCUAUCUCUCUCCCAUCUUAAUUUUGCCGCGAAAUCAAUGAGUUUGCAUUUUGGGAGUGCAUGCUCUUGGCCGUUGUUAUUGGAUGUAGGACAGCUUCAUUGCCUCGGUUAAUCAUAAUUGUGCGAACUUUUAAGCUAGUGGUUAUGAAUUAGUGAACACACCUGUUGUGGUCAAAAUGUGGAAUUUUGCAUCCAAUUGCAUAGCUGGAAAUGUUGGACUGAAAAAUGACUCUCUAAGGCCAACACAAGUAACUCCUGACUGCUGCUCCGAUGAUGAGGGUUCUUCUGGUGUUGGCAGAGAGGAAGGACUGGAGUGCCCUAUAUGCUGGGAAUCUUUCAACAUCGUUGAAAAUGUGCCAUACGUUUUAUGGUGCGGCCAUACGCUCUGUAAAAAUUGCAUUCUGGGUCUGCAAUGGGCUGUUGUCAAGUUCCCCACCCUACCAAUUCAGCUUCCACUAUUUAUUUCCUGCCCAUGGUGCAAUCUGUUAUCCUUCCGGCUGGUUUACAGGGGACUCCUGAAAUUUCCUCGUAAGAACUACUUUCUUCUGUGGAUGGUUGAAAGCAUGAAUGGUGACAGAGUGAAGUCUCAUUCUACCGGCUCCGGUGAUAAUCAACCAGCCUGGCCAGUAAAUGGAAAUACAUCCACUGGAAGUCAACUGAACCACAGGAGGGGACAAUGUGUUCGUCAUCCUGAGCCACCAGGGUCAAAUCAUAACCAUGGCAUUGUGAAUAAUUACCUCAAUAUGGAGCGACUGCAUUCUUCCCUCCGAAAGUCGCUGUUUUUCUUCGUUCAUUUGACAGCAAAGUUCCCACUGGUUGUCAUAUUUCUUCUGAUCAUCUUAUAUGCAAUACCAGCCAGUGCAGCCAUAUUGGCCUUGUACAUACUUAUCACGGUGCUGUUUGCUCUCCCGUCAUUUCUUAUUUUGUACUUUGCAUAUCCUAGUUUGGAUUGGCUUGUGAGGGAAAUCAUCACCUGAGAGGUGUCAUUGGCUUCUUGUUUUCAAGCACCAUGAAUAUAAGUUUGCUUCUACAUGAAGGUGCCUCUUAUCCGUGUGUUUACUAUGCAAUUCGACGACUUACCUGUUUCCAAGAUGCUCAGUUACUGCUGCUGUUUAUCUUGUUAGAAUCAUAUCUGCUUUUUUAAACUUUGGCUCCGGCGUGUUAGCUUCUCAAGUCUUAUUCAAGUGGUAGAUGCAGUACAAUCAUCUGCCAACAGAUACUUCAUGGAUCUUCAAUGCUUUUCGUAGGUUACAGUCGAAUAGGUAACGAGCAAUGAUUUUGUAUCUAUGGAGACUUUGUAUCGAUUAAAUAUAAUUUAUGGUUCUAUACCUGCAGUUUUAAGCUUGGGCUACAGUGCUGGUACUGGGGUUGGACAUAUCACAU